AUGCCGCACGCAGAAACCGCGAAAAUGGGCGAGCCUGCUGUCAACGGAGAGAAAGUGUACUCUCACUUUCUCGAUCACCUCACCUCCUACCCCGUCGUCUCCGACUCCAUCACCACCUUCAAGAACAACAAGUACGGCGCCAAGUCGCUGCAGUUCGCCGACCAGGGCUACAACUACGCCAAGCCCCUCCUCCCUUACAUCGAAAAGACCUACGGCUACGUCUCGCCAUACCUCGCCCGCGUCGACGAUCUCGGCGAUCAAGGCCUGACCAAGGUCGACUCGAAAUUCCCCGUCCUGAAGGAGGACACCGAGAAGCUCCGCGGAUCGCUCUACAACAGCGCAACCACCCCGCUGCGGCUCAUCAGCGACGUCCGCAACCACGUCUUCGACACCUACGGCUCCGAGUACAAGAAGGUCGGCGGAAAUGGUGUGGUCGCCACCGGCAAGGCCUGCAUCGUCACCGGUCUGGUCCUGUCGCAGGAGGUGAUGGGCUACGUCAACUCGUUCCUCUACGCCCAGAAGGAGAACGUCAAGGAUGCGGACCCCUCGCCAGAGUCCCAAAGCGACGACACCAGCGCCGACGAAACGCCCGCAAAACACGAAAAUGACGCCCGUCGCCGACGCCGACGCACCGAAGCCUCCGCGGAGGACGACGACUCCGGCGCAGACGACACGCACGCCCCCAGCAGCACAGACGUAAUGGUCAAGAAGCUGGUGCGCCUGGCGCUCUCAAGUGAGUACUCACGUCUCCCGAUCCGGCGGACCGAUAUCAGCGCCAAGGUGCUCGGCGAGCAGGGCAGUCGGCAGUUCAAGGCUGUGUUUGAGGCCGCGCAGAAGGUCCUCCGGGGUAAAUUCGGGAUGGAGAUGACGGAGCUGCCGGGGCGGGAGAAGGUGACGAUUCACCAGCGACGGGCUGCGCAACGCGUUGAGAAACCCUCGUCGUCUACGAAUAAAUCCUGGAUUCUGACGAGUACGCUGCCGGCUGCGUAUCGCAGGACGGAGAUUCUGCCACCGACGCGCGCGCCAAUGGAAGGCGCAUACACUGGGCUCUACACGUUUAUCAUCGCUCUGAUCUUGCUGAACGGGGGCUCUCUGCCGGAACAGAAGCUCGAGCGAUACCUGCAGCGAACCAAUACCGAUACGUACACCCCCAUUGACCGCACGGACCGUUUCCUCCAGCGACUAUGCAAGGACGGCUAUUUGGUGCGGAAUCGCGAGAUGGACAGCGGCGAGGAAGUCAUCGAGUAUAUGGUCGGUCCGCGUGGGAAGAUUGAGGUCGGUACGCAGGGCGUCGCUGGUCUCGUGCGCGAAGUGUAUGGGCGACAGGCUGCGGUCGAGGACAGUGAUACGACGGCUGCCGAGAGGGAAUUGACGAACGAUUUUGAGAUCCGUCUAGCGAGGAGUCUCGGAAUUUCACAACGCGGCACUCGGCGAGCGGAGGAAGAGGAUGAAGGUAGCGAUGGAGACAACGCAGAUGAUCAGUCGUAG